AUGGCGACCAGCUCGAUUGCAUCGCUCUCGCCCAGCGAACCUCCGCCAGCCGACCAGUCCAUCCGCGCAAUUGUGUCGCUCCUCUGGCCGUACAGCUCCUCCACCAAGCAAUGCGCAUUCCUACUGGCAGAACCGGACUUUCGCUCGCGGAGUCACAGAGGGCAGAUCCGGGUCCGCUUCCAAGGUGCCAGUGCGCAGGCGGUCGCGAAGGGCCAGAUCGGCAUUGGUGAUGAAGUUGUGCUUGAGCUGCGAGGAGCUUCAUGGGCGGCAGAGUCGAGCAAUGUCGUCACACCGGGGAAGAGUGUCGAAGGCGAGCUACUGUUCAGACGGGAGCUCGCCCUCAGACUCGUGAAGAAGGCAGAUGGGCUAGAGGCGGGUGUCAGCAUAAACGUCAGUGAGACGACUCCACCGCCCGAGGAGCACGAUGUCAAUACUACGCCUGCCCGACCGAUCCCAUCGUACCUGCGAGCGGGCUUGGGACGUGCAGAUGCCGUGCCUAUCUACUCCAGUCCGGCUUUUGUGAGCCGCAUGAGACUCUCUGGAGGGGACAACACAUCAUGGGACCCCUUCGCGGAUGUAGACAGGGAGCUGGAGGCAGAGUUGGCGAAUCCUAGGAAGAAGCAGAGAAUCAGCUUUGGUGGGGAUCUGAAGUGGAAGUUCGCAGGCAGGACACCCAGUCCGGAGAAGGAAGAUGUGCCCAUGACCACAGUCGUUGCGGAGCCGGAUAAUCAGGUCGCAGCGGCAGAGGUGCAGAGUGCUUUGGUGCAUACAUUGGAUCACGAGGACGACACACAGACAAGCCGACAGGCGACAUCUGAGCCUGAGACACUGGCAGACCAGCCGGCUGUGGCCACCAAUUCGACAAGGUCUUCUGUCAUGGCUCCACCACCCCUUCCACACCUUGAGAUGCCUUUUCAGUCAACGUUGCCUGGCAUUCUGAACCAGCCGCAAACGUCCAGUGACCCAGAUACUGGCCCACAUACGCCGAAGCUUCAGCCUGUGCCUUCUUCUGCUCUGCCGCUACCCUCCCCCUUCCCAGCAGAAGCCAAACAGCUACACAUCGAAGCGUCCAGCGCGACGACUGCCGCCAAUGAGCGAGAGAAUGUGAGACUCGCUGCUGGCCCGAUACCCAAUGGCAAGGACGCGGAAGCUAUCGAGCGCAGUGGACACGUGCCACUUCGCACGGAGGCAUCGCAAGAUCUUCUCAACGCUGUCGAAGAGGACGACGAUGAAGACGAAUAUCACCAGCCUAUACUUCCAGGACAGCCUUCUUUCUCGAGCAGUGUAGCUUCUACUGUUCCUCCAGAGCAAGCCUCUGGCGUUUUUCGCGAUUCUCGAAGUGACUAUAAUGAUGACGAUGAUAACGAUAGUGAUGAUCAGUACGAAGACAGCAAUGCUCAACGACACAGAGUCCCGCAUCCUGAAUACGGAUCGGAUACUGAAGAAGACGAAGAAAUGUACUCGCAAUAUACUCAGCAGAGGGAUGCAGGACUGGAACAAGCUGCCAGCGACCAUGAAGACCCGGACAAUGGCGACCAGGUGGAUGCCGAUGAUAUUGAAGAAGUAAUCGAAGACAUGGGCGAGCCACCCGACUCCGACGACUCCGACGAAGGAGAGGCCAGCGGAGCAAGCAGUCAGUUGGCCGAGAGCGAUGACAAUGACCUGGAGGACAUUGAUGAUCAGCCUCGUAUACGGUCUGCGCUCGUAGGGCUGUCAUCAGAUCCCGUGGAUGCUCCUCUUGAAUCAGGCCCCGAUAGAGCACAGCCCGACGAAACAGAGCAAUCAGUACCCGUUGUUCAAGAUUUCUCAGGCGCAUCAGCUCCGUCUGCCAAGUCCAUUACCGGCGACAAUACAAUCAAACUUUCGCAAGUCGGCAAUGCACUGUCAAGCACAUUUGCUGAAGUACCUGAAACGAGAUCUGCUGCACAGGUUCCAAUACAUACUCCAGCACGACCUCCGCCUGGGCUGUUCAGCCUCGAUGGAACGGCGGACUCAUUAAGGGUCCGCACGUCAACGCCGCAAUCUGAGCGGGACCGGAUCAUGAAGAAGACUUACAGCAGUCUGUUCGGCUUCGCAAAGUCACCCUCACCUGAGAAAACGCAGCCACCUUUGCUAGACUUUGGAACACCAACGCCAGCAUCAUCCAGCAAUGGCCUUUCACGUAUAGCGAAGGACCGCUUCGCUGCUGCAGGACUGUCUGUCGAGGAGACGUCGCUUGAGAAACAACCUAUCCUGUCGCAUGCGAAGAUUGAGGGUAUCCAGAGUCCAGCUGCCACAACGGCAACGUCAGCGACAGAGACACCUUUGAAAGAGAUGUCAGUGCCGGCUCGUGCUACUGUGGCAGACACACAGACCUUGAGAAGUGAUGCAGCAGCGUCUGUAACUUCUCCGCAGCCCAAGCAAAUGCCAGUGCCAACUCGUGCGACGGUCCAGGAUACGCAGAGUACUUCUGACAAAUCGUUCGCCAAGACAGAUGGUGUCGAAAAUGAUGGUGGCACGAUCUCGAAGUCUGUGAUGAAAGAUGACGCCGCUAAUGCUUUCGAGGAAUCGAACGCAGCUACUGAGGAGACUGGGCAAAGCUUGCCACUUUGCGAUGUGGACGAUGGAUCACUCCUCGAGGCUGUGCACAAUGCAGCACCGAAGAUACACGAGCAGGAUGAGCAGGACAAGGUCUUGGUAGAGCGGUCACCUAUGGUCGAGGAGACUCCAAUAGACAGACUGCAAGAGGCAGAGGCUCAGGAGACGCCCGAGCAGGGACGUCGCCAGGCAGAAGAUUCCGUUCCCGAUGGUGUUGCCAUCAACCCGAGCCUGGCAGCUGCCAUGGCUACCAAACCAGACGACACAGCUUUAGCAGGUGGUUCCACUAUGGAAGUGCCCGCGAGCUCUGCUCCACGACCAUCUCAGGUGGAAGUCAUCGAUCUAGGAGACAGUUCUGAUGCAGACGAGGAUACUCAGGACACAAAGCCCAUACAAGAAUCAACAGUACAGCCCAGCCAGUCAGCAAACCACAUGGCGUCCACGGCAUCUGAUCAAGAUAUUGGCGGUAAUGUCGACGCCGAAGCAACGACCCGCCAACAGGACUUCGAACGACUACUUUCACAAGCAGAGGCUCCCAGACAGCAUGGACAAGAAAGCGUUACGCAGAUCUCGCAAGGUAGCAUGCUCCAGUCGGACAUGCUUGAUACAACACAGACGACCGUAGAUGGUCGCUCCGAAAUCGCGACCCCCGACAUGGACGAGUAUGAUACCAUCGUGCCUGAUACAUCGCACGAUGAGUCGAUGGGCGUCUUUCAGGGACAACCAAACUUCUUUGACGAUCAAAUGCAUGGGCAAGAGUUCGAAGGCAAUGCCGCUCCUCAGCUGACCCAACAGACUGAUCGAUUCAACUAUGACCUCUCGUUCCAGUCAACAACAUCCAUUGCGACUGAUAAUAGCGAUCACCAUCAGGGCAUCACCACACAGCGCGAAGGCGUUGCAGAAUCUGGCCAAGAGACUUUGUCAGAGCAAGACGACUCGCGUGGCAUCGGAUCACAAGGCACAGUCCGUGAAGCCGGGUCACCAUCAACAGCCUUAGCGAACACAGAACAGCAGGUUGUGUCUCUUCCAUCCGCACCAAUUCAUGAGAUGCCACAAGACCAGCCUAUGUCCGAUGGCACCGGCAAUGAGCAUCACGCUCAAGGAUCAGAGCCUAGAGCCGGGCGCAGCACCCACGACGUGAAAAUGCACGAUGGAGAGCUUCGUAGCUCUUUCGUGGGUGAGACACUAGCUCAAUAUCCACAACGGCAGCCGGAUGUUGUACUAGGGUCCAGCUUCGAGAGCUUGCAGUCUACGGCUGUACCAAGUGAGGAUUUUGCAACGGAUGUGAGAUCUUUACGUGAGGCAGCUCAACUCGCAGAGAGUCAACUGCCAGUCAGCCAACGCUCAUCAUCCGAGCAGAGCUUGACACCUACGGCAGAUACCACCCGGCAACACGAACAUCGCUCAUCGCACCACGCCGGGUCGCACUCAGCUUUGCCAAUUAGUCCAGAAGACUCACAGCACAGACUAGAGUCGCAGCCCUUCGAGACCCAGCUUCCUUUCGAAAGUGUGCAGAGCGCGCUACCUUCGACUCCACAGCUGACACAGGGCGACUCACUGACAGGACAAGACAUAGCGGUCAUUGUCGAUCCUGCAACGGGAGACACAGAUGCCGCUCGAGCAGACGAAGCGCCGCCAACGUCUCCCCGGCAAACGCGCAGCAGCCAACGGGGCGCUCUAGUAGAGGGACUACAGUCAUCAGGGAAGAAGAGUUCAACCAGGAAAUCAUCGCGCAAGUCGCAAGCUCAAUCUCAAGACAUGCGAGAAGGAGGGGUGGAGGAAGCAUCAAGCGCUGUGCCUCACAAACCGAUCACCAGACAGUCUUCACUAGACCGACCGAUCACGCCACCGCCACACAAACAGAGAAGCCAAGAAACUGCCCUCAAGAAGAACAUGCUGAGCCCGGAGACCAAGAUGCCGGUCCGACGAUCGCCUCGAAAGGCACAGACACAGCCUGAGUCUCAAGAAGUGGCAGACGCCCGCUCCAUCGCGGCUUCAGACGUCAUUGAGUAUUCCACAGACCACAAGUCUGCCGUAUCCGUUGAGACGGCGCAUGUCACCAGAUCGUCCAAGAAAGUUGCCAAAACCACGUCUAGAUCGCAAGGCACGACUCGUGACCCGGAAGAUGAGGUCGCUGUCCAGAGCACAUCUGCUCACAUUGAUGACAGCCCGUUGCCCAAGACGCCAGCACGGAGGUCCAUGACAUCGCGCAUCAGCGCUGUACCUGCGGUCAUCUCAAAUUGGUUCUCGCCCAGAAGGUCCACUCGCCUGGAACCUGACCCGGAGCCUGAGGCGGAAGCUGAGAUCGAAGACGACAUGGAAGCCGAAGUGAAGCAAGGUAAAGAUGAGGUCGAAAUCGAGACGAAGCCCAGCCCACGUCGACGCAAGAGCAACGGUGUCGUCACCAAUUUGUCCUACUACAUGCCGCUUUCCAGCAUCAGCGACAAGCUCAACACCUCAAGCCAGACGUACGGCAGUAACACCCUCGACGUCAUGGCAGUGGUCGUCGACGAAACCAGCAAGCCUCAGCGAGCCAAGAGCGGACCUAGGGACCACUUCACCAUCUUCAAGAUCACCGAUCCUAGCCUGGAUACAGGAUCUUCAACGAGCGUGGAAGUCUUCAAGCACUGGCACGCGACUCUCCCAUCGGCGCAAGUCGGCGACGUGAUCCUGCUGCGCUCCUUUCUGGUCAAGUCAAAGAAGCGCCAGCCGUACCUCUUGUCCGGUGACGAGAGCGCUUGGUGUGUGUGGCGUUAUACGGAGGGCGAGCCAAGCAGCACCAUGUCAUCGAGUCAGAAGGGCACUCCUACCAAGGCGAAGCGGAUGCGCGACCGCAAUGGUAGCUUUUCCAUCGAGAUCAAGGGACCGCCGGUCGAAUACAACAGGCCACAGGAACUGCAGCGUGCGGAAGAGCUACGGGCAUGGUGGUUGGAAGCGCAGGGCGGACCGGAUGCGGCUGCGAAUGCGGAUGCGGACCCGGAUGGGGUUCCUGCCAGCCAGGGUAGUGGUAGAAAGACUAGGUCGCAGCAAAAGUUGUAG